AUGGAAGAUGAAGUAACGAGAUUGACGGAGAAGAGAACUUCCAAUCCAUACCUUCCAAUGCAAGAUAUUUGGUCGCAGUAUCCGGGAUUCCAGGUUCAGGUAAUUGAAUUACGCAUUUCUCCUUCUCCCCUUCUUCAUCUCAUUCCUCUACCAACUCCUAAUCAACACCCCAUACAUUUCCUAACUGCCACCCCCACUCCAGGAAAAACCACCCUCGCAGCAACCAUAACCAAGCGACUCAACUUGCUCCAAGAAACCCACUCAAACACGACUUCCUCCCCUCCACUCGCAGGGUUCAUCCCUAUGGACGGCUACCACCUUACACGAGCACAACUAUCCGCCAUGCCGGAUCCCAUCCACGCGCACGCCCGACGAGGCGCCGCCUUUACAUUCGACGGCCCAUCAUUCCUGACACUCAUCCGCAAAGUUCGCGAACCCAUUACAUCCUCGACCCCCACCAUACACGCUCCAUCAUUUGAUCAUGCGCUCAAGGAUCCCAGGGCUGACGAUAUACCCAUCGAACCCACUACUCGCAUCUUGAUAUUUGAAGGGAAUUAUUUAUCGUUGGAUAAAGAACCUUGGAGAAGUGCGGCGAAAUUAAUGGAUCAGUUGUGGUUUGUGGAUGUAAACUUUGAAGUAGCGAAACGGAGAUUGAUUCCUAGACAUGUGAGGGCGGGGAUUGCGGAGGAUGAAGUGGAGGCGGAGAAGAGGGUUGUGGAGAAUGAUUUGGUGAAUGGGGAGGAGAUUGUUAGAGAUAGGAUGGUGGUGCAUGAGGUUAUUGUGAGUACGGAUGAUGUAGCUUGGAAGUAG